UGCAGCUGGCAGCCCUGCUCCUCGGGACGGCCUCUAGUGACAUCACUGACAGCCAAUGGCUGCUCCCCACCUCUAGCCGAGCCGUCUGCCUGCCCGGCCUCCCAAUAACGGCACGGGGAGGGUGCAGAGCUGCAGAAAGGGCUGGCUGGGCUGGGACUGCGGGCAAAGCGAAGCAAAGCAGGGGGAGGGGGCUUCCCCAGGUGCUCGGAGCUCCUCUGGUGACAGUGCACUGCUGCAGCGGGAAGACGGAUACUAUGUGGAGCAGUUUGAUGGGACAGACAUCCGUAUUUCAUCUCUAUUCUCAAUAGCCAACUGGUGGAGGAGUCCAGUUGAAAGCAGAACAAUUUAAGAAGGUUAACAGAAGUAUUUGGUCAUUUUCUCCAUUCUCAACAUCAUCUAAAAUGUGGCCUGUUGUAACGCAACUUUUAUUGUACAUAUUCUUCUGCUGGGCAGAAGAAGGAAAAAGAUAUGGACCAGUUUUUGAAGAGCAGCCUAUUGACACUAUUCAUGCUGAAGAAUCCUCAGAUGGGAAGAUAUCAAUGAACUGCAGGGCCAGAGCAAACCCAAUGCCCACAUACAGGUGGAGAUACAACAACUGGGAAAUUGAUCUUCUAAAUUCCCCACAAUACAGCAUGAUAGGAGGAAACCUUGUUAUCAGCAAUCCACAAAAGUCUAAAGAUUCUGGGAAAUAUGUUUGUAUAGUUUCGAAUGAAUAUGGAACAGUCAGGAGUAUGGAAGCCAACUUAAACUUUGGAUAUUUAGAUCUAUUUCCUGUAGAAGAACGCCCAGCAGUAAAAGUGAAGGAAGGAACUGGAGUAAUGCUGAUCUGUGACCCACCUCCACACUUCCCAGAUGACCUCAAUUACAGAUGGAUUAUAAAUGAAUUUCCAAGCAUUAUCGAUAUGGAUUCACGGAGAUUUAUUACUCAAAAAAAUGGAAAUCUUUAUAUUGCAAAAGUAGAACAAUCUGAUAGAGGCAAUUACUCAUGUUUUGUUUCUAGCCCUUCAAUAACAAAAAGCGUAUUUAGCAAAUAUACGUCUCUUUUGCCACAACCUGAAGUUUCAAAACGCUAUGCCGCAGACAUUCAAGUCGCAUUUUCAGAUACUUAUGCUUUGAAAGACCAAAAUGUGACAUUGGAGUGUUUUGCAUUGGGAAAUCCUGUGCCAGUAAUAAGAUGGCGUAAAGUGAAUGAGCCAAUGCCAGCUACAGCUGAAGUUGAUGCCUCAGGGGCUGUGCUUAAAAUAUUCAAUAUUCAACCUGAAGAUGAAGGAACUUAUGAAUGUGAGGCAGAAAAUAUUAAAGGAAGAGAUACACACAAAGCAAAUGUUUAUGUACAGGCUCCUCCUGAGUGGGUAGAACAUAUCAAUGAUACAGAAAGGGAUAUAGGCAGUGAUUUGCACUGGCCUUGUAUUGCUAAAGGAAAACCCAUUCCUUCAAUCAGAUGGUUAAAAAAUGGAGAGUCGUAUGGUAAAGGAGAACUGAGGAUCCGAGGACUUACUAUGCAGCAUGCUGGAAUGUAUCAAUGUAUAGCAGAAAACCACUAUGGAGUUAUUCAAGCAAAUGCAGAACUUAAAAUCCUAUCUUUAGCGCCAACCUUUGAACUAAAUCCUAUGAGGAAACAGGUAUUGGCUGCAAAAGGAGGACGUGUUAUCAUAGAAUGUAAACCAAAGGCGGCACCAAAACCCAGGUUCUCAUGGAGUAAAGGAACAGAACUGCUGACGAAUAAUAGCCGGGUCGCUAUAUGGGAUGAUGGUAGCCUGGAAAUCAUUAACAUAACAAUGCUGGAUGAAGGAAGCUAUACUUGCUUUGCUGAGAACAAUAAAGGAAAAGGAAAUAGUACGACAACUCUUUCUGUUAAAGCUGCCACAAAAAUUACCCUUGCACCUUCUAACGCUGAUGUAUCAGUUGGAGAAAAUGCCACCAUACAGUGCCAUGCAUCUCAUGAUCCUAAUCUGGAAAUUGAGUUUAUCUGGUCUUUAAAUGGAUUUAUAAUAGAGACUGAUGGCACUAGCUACUAUGAGGACCAUUUCAGGGAUGUGAUUAAUGAUAAAUGUGAACUUAUUAUUAAAAACGUUCAGCUCAAGCAUGCUGGAAGAUACACUUGUACUGCACAAAGCAUUGUGGACAACUCCACAGCCUCCGCUGAUCUGGUUGUUAGAGGUCCACCUGGUCCCCCAGGAGGUGUCAGAACAGAAGAAAUAAGAGACACAUCAGUAAAACUUACAUGGAGUAGUGGUACAGAUAAUCACCAGCCAAUUUCCAAGUAUACUAUUCAAGCUAAAACAUCACUGUCGGAAGACUGGAAAGAUGUCAAGACAGAAAUCCCCACCAUUGAAGGAAAUAUGGAGUCAGCAAGAGUUAUAGAUUUGAUUCCUUGGAUGGAUUACGAAUUUCGAGUUGUAGCAACCAAUACAUUAGGGACCGGUGAACCAAGUCUGCCAUCUCCAAAAAUUAGAACAGAAGGAGCUGCACCCAUUGUUGCUCCUUCUGAUGUCAAUGGUGGAGGCGGAACUAACCGAGAGUUAACAGUAACCUGGGUGCCUUUAGCCCGUGAAUACCAUUAUGGUGAUGACUUUGGCUACAUUAUUGCCUUUAAGCCUUUUAAUGAAAGAGAAUGGAGAAAGGUAACGGUAACUAAUCCAGAAAGUGGACGAUAUAUACAUAAAGAUGAUAGCAUCACUCCUGCCACACAGUUUCAAGUAAAAGUUAAAGCCUUUAAUAAGAUGGGAGAUGGUCCAUUCAGCAGUACCGCUGUAAUUUAUUCAGCAGAUGAAGCACCAACAGAAGCGCCUACAGAAGUCAAAGGCGAAGUGAUCUCAUCCUCUGAAGCACGUGUAACUUGGCAGCCAGUGAUUGGGCAGACGGUUACAGGUUACCAGAUUCGUUACUGGAGAAGUCAAGACAAGGAAGCUGCAGCGCACAGAGUACAAGUGGAGCAGUUAGAUGAAUCAGUCAGACUUGAAGGAUUGAUGCCAGACACUCUCUAUUACUUGGAUGUUUUUGCAUUUAAUAGCGCCGGUGAUGGGCCGAAGAGUAGACUUACCCAUUUCACCACCAAAAAAGCACCUCCCAGUCAGAAACCUAGAAUUAUAAGUGCGGUGAAGUCUGGCUCCCAAUAUAUCAUCACUUGGGAACAUGUAAAACCAUUGAACAAUGAAUCAGAAGUUAGAGGAUAUAAGGUUCUGUACAAGCCAGCUGGACAACAUGCAGGCACCUUGUACUCUACUGGAGAACAUUCAUUACAUGUGCCAGUGCCCAGGGAAGGUGAAUGUGUUGUUGAGGUUCGAGCCCACAGUGAAGGAGGAGAUGGAGCGGUUGCUUAUAUCAAACUUACUAGUGACACGUCAGGGAUAUUUCCCAGUAUUAUUGGAAUUUUGCUACCAACUUUUGGACUCUUGGUUUACCUAGAAUUCUGAAUGUAGGUCUCUUUAGAACAUCCUGAGUGCAGUGUACUCCUUUCACAACUAUGGAGGAAACCAUUCUUUUAUGACUCCUGCAGAACCAACUUAAGCCAAAAAUUUGAAAAAUACAUAUAUAUUACCCAGCAGAUUUAUGAUGAACUUUAAAAUAGGAUUAAGGCAUUCAGGAACUGCUCCAAGGAAAUUAUUUUCAAGGAUAAUAGAUCAUUUUUAAUUUGUUCCAGUUUGCCUUAUAAAACACUUAUGCCAGUCUCUGACAGUUGCAUGAUCAAAUGGGGCAAGUUACAGUGUUAAAUUACAAAAACUGUACAUUGAAAGUAGUCACCAUCCAUAGGUGAUAAGACUUAACAAUAACAAAUAAUGAAAUAUAUUAGAUUCCAAUGUUGUAUAUGGUACGUGUAGAGUAACUACAACUGUCUGUACUAUCUGUUUUGUGUGCUGCAUAUUUUUUUGAGAGAGUCCUGUCAAGGCCUCCAGACAUACAGUCAGAUCAAAAACAGUCAUUGUAUUAGACAGAAUUUCAUUUUUACAACAAAUGAAUGUAGGGUCUAAAUGCCGAAAAAUGAUAAUUGAAUAUUAGAACUCUGUAUUGUACACAUAUCAUUGAUUCCUUGUGCAAACAUGGGAUAAAAAGUUCCUAUUAGCAGAGUGACCUCUUUUCAGUACUAGAGUUUGCACAUGCAAUAGAUGAUACACUGUAAAUAGUGCAAUAGAUGGCCCACUUAUGAAUGUAAAGUAUAAAUAGCAUAUAAAGUAUACUUCAUAAUAGACAGAAAUAUUUCAAAGCAUUAGUGUGUAAUGUUAGAUAUGAGGCAAAGGGUAUUUGAAUAACUAAAAUAUUUUAAAUAAAAUCUAUAAAAGAGCAGACAUCUAUAAUUAAUAAUGAAAUUGUGGAGAACAUGUAUGUAAGGGUGCACAAAAGGCCCAGAGGUCUUCUUGCAGUGUGCAUGUAGUUCCUCCCUUGUUAGCAGGAUUCUUUUUCCAAAUCUGCAUGCACUAUCUAAAAAUAUGUUGGCAUGUUAAAAAUAUAAAAAUAUUGAGAAAUUCUGGCCCAGAUUCAUCAAUCUGAUACAAAAGAUACAGAAGAUUUGCCCAUAACAGCCAAUUACAGCUCAGCUUUCAUUGUACCAGAGCUUUAGGACAUGAAAGCUAAGCUGUGAUUGGUUGCUAUAGGCAAGAUUGAUAAAUCAGGACCACCUAUCAUUCCACUUGUUCUUAUACUGUAUCUGUAAGCCGUAUCUGUUGGAGCAGUGUCUAGCUGAAGAAGCAAGAGCCCCAUCAUUAUGUGUUAGAUGGCAUAGUCAAUAACACAGUAGCCCUGAUUUACUAAGAGUGUUGUGUAGGUUUCUUUGAGGGUUUUAAUUCCCAACAAUUUUUUUCCCCACGGUACUUACUAAGGUUUCCCAAAAUUUUGCACUUUUCCCUACAUUUUUUUUUUUUUUUUUUUACACCUGCUGAUCUGUCGGGUUUUCUUCAGCUCAAAUCCACUACAUUUUCUGUGGAAACCUUAGUAAAUAUGUUGGGUUUUUGUGAAAAUGUCGGGGACAUGCCCCCUUUUUGGCGACCAUGCCCACUUUCCCCGGAGGCCACGCCCCCUUUUCGGGUUUUCUCAGUAAAAUCUAAAGUAAGUUGGUUUUUUUUUUCAAUUCUGGUGCAAAUUCUGGCGCAGACAGAAUUUCUGGCGCAAUGCACUAGAGUCUGGCGCACAACCCGACAAAUCAUGUCGGGUUUACAAUAGUAAAUCAGGGCCAAUGUCUUCAGCUACAACACACAACAAAGAUACAGUGAGGUUUUUCUUUACUGCAGCAUUUCAUUGUAUGAAAAUUUUGUUUUAUGUGAUCCUUUAUGCCCACUUUUCUAAUAAUACAAUACAAUAAUAAUUGUAAUAUUGUAGUUGUCUGCUCUUAAAAUAGAAUAAAGGCUAUGGGCACCUUUGAACAGUUUUUUUUUACUGGCCGUUUUGUUUGUAAAUGAAAAUUUAAGAAACAUAAUUGACCCUAAUAAUCUUCAGUAAAAAUGUCCUGUUACUGUAGAAUCUAUGUAACACUCCACAUAAAUACUGCUGUCCUGUUUCUUCUGACAUACAUGGGAUAGCACACUGUACCUGGCUCUCUGCUCUCGUCCUCCAUUGUUUUCAGAGUUUAAAAUAACAGCAGGAAUAGGGACAAAAUUGUAUUGGCAGAUCAGAGAGCAUACAAAGGGAAAACAUCCAAGUCAUUAGGAAGGUCAGAUCAUACAAGCUAAAGAGAAUCAGUGUAAAUGAAGGGAACAACAUACAUGGCAUGGAGAGGGUAUGUGUACACAGAUGGUGUAUGUAUCUAAAGAGAGGGGAGGGCACCUUUAGCAGGGGUAGGGACAGAGAAAUUGUAUAUCGGUGUCUAAUGUCUUCACCAAGAAGGGUAGGUCAGUACAGGAAAGAAGCUGUGAAGGUAGGACAACCCUGGACUCACAGAACUCACAUCCAGCAUGUAUCACUUGGAGUAACAUGCUCAUAGUAGCCAGGUCUGAAACUAGGAGCAGGUUGCCAACUGCAUAUCAUGAGGUCAGAAAUGAAUACAGAAUUGGAGACUACAUACUGAAUUUUAGUGCAACCUUUUUUAUAUACCAACAUAUGUAAAAUCCCUAUUUAAAGUUGCUCAUAGCCUUUAAAUAUCUUAGAAAUAUUUUUCUUUAUUUCGACCAUAAUAUGGUAGCUUUACAGUUACAAGCCCAUUGCUGGCAAUGGGAUUUCCCGUAUGUGAACGUUAAAAAUACUGGGUCAGAUGUAGCAAUAAGACACACUACAUCUGCACAUAAUCUAUUGUAAGUUAUAAUUGAAAUGUAAAAUGCACGUGCAUAGUAUCAUGUAUGUUAGCGUGUUUUAUUGUGACCCCCGCCCAACAUGGUUUGAGAGUCAAGAGAAGACAUUUAAUUGGCUUUUAUUUAUUAUCCUAGAGAAACGUCAUUAGCCACAUAGUUACGGACAGAGAGUACGACAUCACAACAAGUUGUUCAUUUGAUAUGGUAUGGUAAAUGUAAAUGUGGCCAUAUUUGGGAAUAGUUGUGUAGGUGAUGAUGUGGAAAGUGGUACAGCUUGUGGUAUAGUAAUAUAAGUUUGAGAAAUAUAUUAGAAGAAAUAAGUGAAUGAUGAUGAACACAAGCAGUAAUUUUUUACACUGUUGUGUUGCUGACACUUCCGAAUUUAAUGAAUGUGUUUGUUCUGACUUUGUCUAUUUUAUUUUAUUUUUUUUAUUUUUGUAUUGUUCAGUCAUUUUUAUUUCAUAGUUGUGCUUCAGUAUUUCAGUUCAUGUGUGAAUGGUACAACACAGUAUUAUGAAACCGGGUCCAGUAAUAGUGCAAUGUUUUGAUUUAUUUCCAAGAAAUACUAAAAUGUUAUUCUUUUUUUUAUUCUUAGCACAAACUUGUUAGCUGAUUGGGUCCAGUUACUUUACCUUUAUAGAUUCAAUACCACAGAAGUAUUUAAUAAUGUAUUCUGAAUUAAAUCAAUUCUACUGUGUAUCCCGUCUUUAAUUUUAUAUUUUUUGUAUUGUUUACAUAUGUGAUAAUAUCUCAGUGUUGAUUAAUUCACGUUCUUUGUUUCUUAAAUGGUUAUUUCAACAAUAGAGAUUUUUACUAUAUACAUUUAAUGGUAAGGAAAUUACAAAAGAGUUUUAAGACUCUAAAUGGGAAGUAUCACUACUAAAUAAAAAAAAAAACAUGUGUACGAGUGCACAUGCGUGGAUCAUGGGUGAAGCCCCAAAUGUAAGUAUGAAAGGAAAGGAUGUUUUUUGGGGUGCAGUGCCUUUCAUGAUCCAUUACUACUCUGUACUUAUACCUAUAAAAUGUUACAAAUUCAGCUUUCAUAGAAAGGUGAUGCAUCCCACUUUGGUAGUAUGCUAAAGCACAGGCAUACCGUUUCUUUUGUGUAGUUCCCAUUCUCAUUUUUAUAUGUACUCUCCAACUCAGCUAAUGUUUUGCCAAAUGCAUGAUGGCCUUUUAAUUUUUCUAAUAAGUGAUCAAAAUGUGUAUUUUUUAUUUUAUCUAUUUAUUCUUUAUUUUGUUUAGUUCCUAUGCCAUGUGAAGGAAAGAAUGUGUCCUUUUAUGUCUAAAAUAGACAUUUAAGAGUAAAAGUAAGACCUGGGAAUGCAACACAAUUGUGCUUUUCAGCUUUACAGCCAAUACUGCAACCCCAUUAUCAAGUUUUUAUUAGCGAAUAUAACUAAAUAUAUUGUAUCAGCUACUUAAAGCUCAAUCUCCUUAUAACAUCAUAAAUGCUAGUUUUAUUAUGUUAGAAUGCUAAUUAAAAAAAUACAUGGUUUUGUUAUAGAUGCACUGUUUAUGUUUACUUUGGCUGUCUGUUCAUAUGUUUUUUUUGUUUUUGUUUUUUUAAUUUGGAUUAGGCAGGAAUCUUAUGUUAUCAAUUUUUUGGCUUUUGUCAAAAUUAAAUAUCAGUAUUACUCACCAUGUAACUGCUGGCUUUUAAAUUUGCCAAAAUGUUAUGUUUUGUUUAAAAAAAAAUCUCCAAAAUAAAGGCAUUUGACAAACUA